CCAAGAGACAGCAAGCUUCUGACUCAGUGGAGACUGCCUUAAGAAUCAUCCAACACUAUGUACUCUUGAACCACCAGUGGUCAUUCAAUAUAUCAGAUCUUUUAACCUUGACUGACGUUGGUGAUGUGAUGCAUAACACAGAGCAUUCACCAGUUGUCCAAUCCUCUGUCUGUAAGAAAGACUGCUGGUCCAACCGUUAUAGAUCCAUCAAUUCCAACUGCAACAACAGGAGGGCUCCAAAUCUGGGGGCAGCUAAUAAUCCUUAUGCCCGUUGGCUUCCUGCUCAAUAUGAGGAUGGAUUUUCAGUUCCAAAAGGCUGGAUAGAAGGGAAGCUGUAUUCAGGAUUUCCCCUACCACUGGCCCGAGAGGUUUCCAAUAAAAUUCUGAAAACAAGUAUUAAAGAUAUAAUUGAAGAUUCUGAAUGGACUCAGCUCUAUAUGGAGUGGGGGCAGUGGAUGACACAUGACAUGAGUUUAAUCCGCCCAUCUCAGAAUCUUGAAAUGUCUAGUAACAACAUCAACUGUGAAAGGUCUUGCGUGCAAAGAAGUCCUUGUUUCCCUAUUAAGAUUAUAAAUUACAGGGAUUAUGUUCCCCUAGUAAUUGGUAAGGAUGCAACAGAGAAAUAUCUCCGUCAAUACCAAGGUUACAAUGCGUCAGUAGAUCCCAGGCUGUCUAAUGUUUUCGCUACAGCUGCAAUGCGCUUUGGGCAUGUCACGAUCCAGCCAAUCAUGAAACGUUUUAAUGAAAAAUACCAGGAGGACUCAAGGUAUCCCAGCAUGCUCCUACAUGACACCUUCUUCGCUCCAGGGAAUUUAAUUGGGAAAGGUGGAAUUGAUCCAAUCAUUCGGGGCUUGUUUGGUUACCCUGCCAAAUUGCAGUCUCAAAGCUCCAUGAUGCCAGAUGAACUGCGUGAGAAGCUGAUUGUACCACCACAACAUAUAGCCCUGGACCUGUCUGCCAUAAACAUACAGCGCUCUCGGGACCAUGGGCUUCAAGGUUACAAUGCAUGGCGAAGGUUCUGUGAACUUUCUGAGCCCCAAAAUAUUGUGGAUCUUUCUCUCGUUCUUAAUAAUAUGGAACUUGCAACUAAUCUCCUUAACUUGUAUGGAAGCCCGGAUAACAUUGAUGUGUGGGUGGGGGGCAUCUCAGAACCCUUCAUGGAGGGUGGCAGGGUAGGCCCUUUGUUCGCCUGUUUGAUAGGACAACAAUUCAAGAACCUGAGAGAUGGAGACAGAUUCUGGUGGCAAAACAAAGGCGUUUUUACUGCUAACCAGCAGCAGGCUCUUCAACAUAUUUCAUUCUCCAGACUGAUCUGUGAGAACAGCAAGAUUGAAGAACUCCCUCGGGAUGUGUUUAGGUACAGGCCAUAUCCAGAAGGAUAUGUCAAGUGCAAACAUAUUCCACGGGUAGACCUGAGUGCCUGGAAAGAGAAUACUAAUGUAACCCCCUGUGGCUCUAUCCCUGUUGUUGCUGAUGCCCAUUUCUCAAUCUGUAAAUCUUUGGUCAGAUACACCUGUAACUCAGGGUUCAAGUUGAUUGGAAAGGAUACCCUAAAAUGUUUGAAUAACGGCCAAUGGAACUCUGCACCACCUAGAUGUACAGAACCUCGACCAGUGACAUCCGAAGGAAAUACAGCGAAUACAGAUUUUCUGAAAGACGGCUCAGGAGUUGAUGCUUGGGCUACACCCUGACGCCAAAUUGCUUCUCAACUAUGAGGAUACAAGAGAGGUGGAUGGGGAUGAAGUUUACCAUUAAAUAUAGGAAUACAGUUAUUACGUGCUCUCUCCCCCAGUGUCAAGAAAGUACUUAACAAAAUGGAGUGAGUCUUCCCCUUCGGUCCCUUUUAAAGCAUGGUCUUUGGCAAUACAGUUACUGGAUAUGAUUCCAGUCCUCACCCUUUUAUAUAUUUGAUCCUGGGAUAUGAGUGACGAUAGCAAGACAGCAUUUAUUUCCAAUCCCCAUUUGCCCUGGUGAAGGUUGUGGUGGUGACUGUACACCCCUUUUACUUUCCCAGAUCCUUGCAGAGGACUGCUCUCAAAUACAUAUGGAGUAAUCAGCAGAGCAGCACAUAAAAUAUUUUCCGUCAAGAUGGUAUUGUGUUUUGUGAAAGUAGCCCCCACACCCCAAACACACACCCACCCCCAGCACCCCCCCUUUCCCCUGUUGCCCUUUCCUACCCCCAACUUCUUCAGAACUUCUUCCAAACCCCUUAUAAUUCAGCAGAAGACUUUACUGCAGCAUAAGUUUUGGACCUUCGGGGCAUGCCACUUCAGUGAAAUAAUCAGAAAUGCUGGAUUUUGAGAUAUGCUUUUAUUUGGAUGGCUAUACGUUAAACUGACAGUUUUGCCAUCAUUACAACCAAAGAUUCCACAGGUAACUUCAUCUAUUGUUUGUGAUUAUUAGAGCUGCUUAAUUUGGCUGAUCCAUGUGCCUACCUAUUAGUGACUGCAAUUCAAUUGAAUGUACAUGCAGAGGCUUACAAUAAAUGCAAGAUCUUUCCAAUAACUAAAGACAUUGUUUAAAUUGAGUAAUCUGUUUGUUUUGAUGUUGUUGAUCUCAGCUAAUGCUCUGAUGCUUUUAUCAUUACAAUAUUGUUGUUCUGUUGCUGUGAUUACUCUUUGCUUGUUCAGAAUCAGUAAAAUGAAUUAGCAGCAAUCAAGUUACAUCCUAUGCAAUUCCUU